AUGCGCGACCGCGACGAGAAAGAUGCUAUGACAAUCAUGAGACGUAUACGAGCUGGAGAAGAUCCUAGUACCAUACUGCACCACCUUCGUGCUGGAGAUUUACUCCUCCGACUGCACCUUGCUCCUGAGACAAGGUUCCGUUAUAGCUAUCCCCCUGCAUUCCGCAUGCCGAGGAGACUACAAGUGCCAGACAAUAUAUACUUCCACUCGUUGGUAUACGAAGCUACAUUCAUGGAGAGCUCGCCAUGUACAAGUAGUACAAUCGAACUGCACGAUCGCUUUAGGCCUCAAUAUCUGAAACCGUACAGCGCUGCUGAAGUCGCAGACCCCCCCGAUUCAUCCUUAUAA